AUGGAUGUCUCGCUCUGCCCAGCCAAGUGCAGCUUCUGGCGGAUGUUUCUGCUGGGCAGCGUCUGGCUGGACUACGUGGGCUCGGCGCUGGCCUGCCCGGCCAACUGCGUCUGCAGCCGGACGGAGAUCAAUUGCCGGCGGCCAGACGACGGGAGUCUCUUCCCGCUGCUGGAGGGGCAGGAUUCGGGCAGCAGCAACGGCAACACCAGCGCCAACAUCACCGACAUCUCCAGGAACAUCACCUCCAUAUACAUCGAGAACUGGCCCAGCUUGCACACGCUCAAUGCUGUGGACAUGGAACUCUACACUGGACUCCAGAAGCUGACCAUCCGGAAUUCAGGUCUGCGGAGCAUCCAACCUAGAGCCUUUGCCAAGAACCCCCACCUGCGCUACAUAAACCUGUCGAGUAACCGGCUCACCACUCUCUCAUGGCAGCUCUUCCAGACGCUGAGUCUCCGGGAACUGAGACUGGAGCAGAACUUCUUCAACUGCAGCUGUGACAUCCGCUGGAUGCAGCUAUGGCAGGAGCAGGGUGAGGCACGACUCAACAGCCAGGACCUAUACUGCGUUGGUGCUGAUGGCAUGAAGCUGCCGCUGUUCCGUAUGAACAUCAGCCAGUGUGACCUCCCUGAGAUCAGUGUGAGCCAUGUCAACCUGACCGUUCGUGAGGGGGACAAUGCCGUGGUCACCUGCAAUGGUUCUGGGUCCCCCCUGCCAGACGUGGACUGGAUUGUUACUGGUCUGCAGUCCAUCAACACCCACCAGACAAACCUGAACUGGACCAACGUGCAUGCCAUCAACUUGACCCUGGUGAACGUGACCAGCGAGGACAAUGGCUUCACGCUGACCUGUAUUGCUGAGAACGUGGUGGGCAUGAGCAACGCCAGUGUGGCCCUCUCUGUCUAUUACCCCCCUCGUGUGGUGAGCCUGGAGGAGCCGGAGCUGCGCCUGGAGCACUGCAUUGAGUUCGUAGUGCGUGGCAACCCCCCUCCUACGCUGCACUGGCUGCAUAAUGGGCAGCCGCUGCGGGAGUCCAAGAUCAUCCACGUGGACUACUACCAGGAGGGCGAGGUCUCCGAGGGCUGCCUGCUUUUCAACAAGCCCACCCACUACAACAAUGGCAACUAUACUCUCAUCGCAAAGAACCUGCUGGGCACUGCCAAUCAGACCAUCAAUGGCCACUUCCUUAAGGAGCCUUUCCCAGAGAGCACAGAUAUCUUUGACUUAGUUGCUGCUGAUGUGAGCCCCACACCUCCCAUCACUGUGACCCAUAAGCCAGAGGAGGAUACUUUCGGGGUGUCCAUCGCCGUGGGACUGGCUGCCUUCGCUUGUGUCCUGCUGGUGGUCCUGUUCGUCAUGAUCAACAAGUACGGGCGGAGGUCCAAGUUUGGAAUGAAAGGUCCUGUAGCUGUCAUCAGUGGUGAGGAGGACUCAGCCAGCCCCUUGCACCACAUCAACCAUGGCAUCACCACACCCUCGUCGUUGGACGCAGGGCCCGAUACAGUGGUCAUCGGCAUGGCCCGCAUCCCGGUCAUCGAGAACCCCCAGUACUUCCGCCAGGGACACAGCUGCCACAAGCCAGACACAUAUGUCCAGCACAUCAAGAGGAGGGACAUUGUGCUGAAGCGGGAACUGGGCGAGGGCGCCUUCGGCAAGGUUUUCCUGGCCGAGUGCUACAACCUCAGCCCCACCAAGGACAAGAUGCUGGUAGCAGUGAAGGCCCUGAAGGACCCCACACUGGCUGCCCGGAAGGACUUCCAGCGGGAGGCAGAGCUGCUCACCAACUUGCAGCACGAGCACAUCGUCAAGUUCUAUGGUGUCUGUGGCGAUGGUGACCCGCUCAUCAUGGUCUUCGAGUACAUGAAGCAUGGUGACCUGAACAAGUUUCUCAGGGCCCAUGGUCCGGACGCGAUGAUCCUCGUGGAUGGGCAGCCGCGCCAGGCCAAGGGUGAGCUAGGGCUCUCGCAGAUGCUGCACAUCGCCAGCCAGAUCGCCUCCGGCAUGGUGUACCUGGCCUCGCAGCACUUUGUGCACCGUGACCUGGCCACGAGGAACUGCCUGGUGGGGGCCAACCUGCUGGUGAAGAUUGGUGACUUUGGCAUGUCUCGGGACGUAUAUAGUACAGACUACUACAGGCUCUUUAAUCCAUCUGGGAAUGAUUUUUGUAUAUGGUGUGAGGUGGGAGGACAUACUAUGCUCCCCAUCCGCUGGAUGCCACGUGAGAGCAUCAUGUAUCGCAAGUUCACGACGGAGAGUGACGUCUGGAGCUUCGGGGUGAUCCUCUGGGAGAUCUUCACCUAUGGGAAGCAGCCCUGGUUCCAGCUCUCCAACAUGGAGGUCAUCGAGUGCAUCACGCAGGGCCGUGUGCUGGAGCGUCCGCGUGCCUGCCCUAAGGAGGUGUAUGAUGUGAUGCUGGGCUGCUGGCAGCAGGAGCCACAGCAGCGGCUGAGCAUCAAGGAAAUCCACAAAAUCCUGCUGGCGUUGGGCAAGGCCACCCCUGUCUACCUGGACAUCCUGGGCUAGCCGGCCUGCGACUGCCUCCACGGGCCCCCGCCCCUUCCCGAAGCCAACAUCUUCAUAUAAACUCAAGUGCCUGCUACACAUAAAACGCAGUAAAGGAACAAGAUGAA